AUUCGUAUCCAUAGCUGCUCGAUAUUUAUACCUCCUACGGCUGACGCGUGCAAUUCACUCCCCUCCAUUCCUCUCUCUCUCUCUCCAGAUUCUUGGCAUCGCUCGCUUUCACAAUCAUCCCUUGGGCUGUCCUCAAACCAUUCUUGGAUUCUCAGAGAGAUAAAGCGAGGUAGUUACAAGGAUCGAGAGCUCCUUUUGGGUCUAAUAUGCGCAAAUGAAAACAUAUGAGCUAGAUCCUGAUGUUACUCGGUGGGGUCUCCAUCAACUAGAUGUUUGCACACUUACAAAUAGAGGUUAUUGUAGUGCCAUUACUCAAUAUGACCAAGAUUUGAGUCAAGUUGAGUAUGUCAGAGAAGGUUUUUCUGAGAAUGCUAAUGUGGAGAAUGAUGAGGCUGUAGCACGUGCUCUUCAAGAAGAAUUUACGCGAAUCGAUUCUUUUGAAGUUUCUGGAUUAUCUAAUGCUGUGGAAGAGCAUUUGCAAGCAUCUGUUCUUGCACAGGAUUGGCUUGGUCCUUCAGAAAGACAUCACAGUUCGGGGCAUGAACAUGAUAAGAAAGCAGCAGAUAAUCCUGGCAGAAAGAUGGAGGAUGCAGAUCCCAGCAUAAACAUAAUAGAAAAGGCUGAUGAUCAUAGGGCAACUGAAAAUGAUGUAGCGGCUGAAAUUGAAAUUUUUGGCUCAUGCUCUAGCCCACAAGAACAAUCAUCAAAUGUCGAGGACAUGUUGCAUACAUUGGACAUAACAGAUGAGUUUGCUCUGGAUGGUGAAGUAGGCAAAAGAUUUAAUCAGAUGGUUCCUGUUCCUCAUGUUCCUAAAACAAAUGAGAAAAUACCCUCUGUUGACGAAGAAAUAUCAGAUCACCAAAGGCUGCUAGAGAGACUGCAGUUAUAUGAGCUGAUUGAGCUUAAGGUUCAAGGAGAUGGUAACUGUCAGUUUCGUGCUUUAUCUGAUCAACUGUAUCGUUCUCCUGAGCACCAUGCUUUUGUAAGAGAACAGAUCAUUCAACAGCUUAAGUCUCACCCGGGAAUGUAUGAGGGUUAUGUCCCCAUGGCCUACAAGGACUAUUUGAAGAAAAUGAGCAAGAGUGGUGAAUGGGGUGACCAUGUGACAUUGCAAGCUGCUGCAGAUUGGUAUGGUGUCAAGAUAUUUGUGCUAACUUCAUUUAAGGACACAUGCUAUAUUGAGAUCCUUCCACAUAUCCAGAAGUCCAACCGAGUUAUUUUCUUGAGCUUUUGGGCUGAGGUGCAUUACAAUUCAAUUUAUCCGGAAGGAGAUCUGCCUGCAUCCAUGAAGAAGAAGAAAAAAUGGUGGAAUUUUGGAAGCCUAAUCAGCUCGUGAUGGUGUUUAGUAGGUGGGUUUCGUUUUGGGUGACUGCUGGUGCUGCGCGUCCGAUUCUUUUGUACAUAUUUUAUUGAUUUUAAGGUCCUUCGGUCGAAGGGCCCCUUUACUAGUUUGUGUGUGUGUGUGUGUGUAUAUAUAUAUAUAGAUAUGUAUAUAUUAUCAAUCA